GGAUAUAUGAGUUAUGCUGUUACAGGAGAUUUUAAGGUGUGGGACAGAGGAAUGUGUAGUUUCGUCGGGAAAAGUUGUGUCAACUGUAGGGGUGUACAUGUUGCUGGGGAUCAGAGGUGUCCAGUGCGAGAGAGGCAGGUUGAGGUGGCCAGGGUCAGAGUAGUGCAGAAAAUGUUGUAUUCUGACGCAGUGAAGAAGGUAGAGGAAGGUGGAUCAAGGGUGAGGGAUUCUGAGAGGAUUCGUGUGAAUAGUAGAUCUGCGCCAGAAUAGAUGGAUAGGCCAAUGAGUUUAGAAAGGCUGGCUUCUUAGCGUUCAUAGCAAUGGUUGUCAACUGUACUGCUGUGAUUUAACGUAAAUCACAGAAAAUUGAUGUUGUGGUGCCAUCUGCAGAUAAAUACUUGAGGAUACGAGAUUUGACUAAAGAAGUUACACUGACCAAAGAAGAGUUGAGUGGUAGUGUCCCGACCUCUCAGGUCAUUGGCCUGGGGUAGGAUCAGAUGGGGUUAAAGUAGUAAAAUAACGUGGUGGGUUUUACUGAGUGUAGGGUUAGUAAGAUAAUGAAAAAACAUUUUGUGUUGAAUUUUACCCAUUUUGUGUCACAAAGUGUAACGGAUUUAUACUAUAGCUCAUUUGGGGGCGGUAACGCAACACAUUGGAUGCCAACCCCCGUUAAACUCCACCGAAGAAGACGACGACAAAGAAGAAGAAGAAUGAUUAUUUCUGGCUGUAGUUGACGCAUGAAGUGUCACAUUUCCUCUGCUUUUUUGUUGUUGAUUUUGGCAACAUUCAGAAACUCGCUGGCCCCACCAAUCCCUACCAUUAUGCCUGCUCUAUUAGAGAGGCCCAAACUGUCCAAUGCCAUGGCACGCGCCCUGCACAAGCACAUCAUGCGGGAGCGAGACCGCAAGAGACAAGAGGAAGAAGAAGUAGACAAAAUGAUGGAGCAGAAGCAGAAGGAGGAGGAAGAAAGAAAGAGGAAGAAAGAGGUGGAGGAGAGAAUGUCUUUAGAUGAGACAAAAGAGCAGAUCAUGAAGAUGGGGGAGAAGCUACAAGGGCUACAAGAGGAGAAACACCAGCUCUUUCUCCAGUUGAAGAAAGUGCUCCAUGAGGAGGAGAAGAGACGGAGGAAAGAACAGAGUGAUAUGACAACCCUGACAUCAUCUACGUACCAGCCCAGCAUGGCUAUCCACUCCCACUCAGGACAACACCUGCUCAGCAUGCAAGCGGGUCAAGUGAGUCACGGCCGCUCUGCUGCCCUGCUAGGAGAACGGAGUAAACAGCUCUUCCAGUCCCCUGUCCUUCCGGGGCGUCACUACCAGAGCCAGCCAGGGAUGAGCUCCGGAGGCUUGGAGCAUGGGCAGUAUGCAUCCAGCCAGGCAGCCCAUGGCCCCUACGGCCAGCUCACCCAGGCACAGCACGGCACUCCCUUCGCCCCCAGCCAGUCUGUCCCUGUCAGUUACGCCAGCAGCUCACAGCUCAGAGGUGCCUCAGCCUUCCAGGCCAUGCAGUACCUGCCUCAACAGCAGCAGGGCUACGCUGUACACAGCCACUUUACCUCUCAGCCAGGAUUUAUCCCUAGUGCUGGGAUCCCUCUACAGAAGCAACUGGAACAUGCCAAUCAACAGUCUGGCUUCACUGACUCUAGUGCUCUACGGUCCGUGCACCCUCAGGCUCUUCAUGCCAGUGCUGCAGGCCUGCUGCCUACCCCCUCCCUCACAGUGCAGAUCCCUCCUGCCAAGUCUGGCUUGCCAUACACCCAUCCCCCCCGUCCGGCUUCUCCAGGAAGCUUCACUCAUGGAACUCCUCCACAGCAGGCUCACCCAGCAACGUUUCAGAGCUCUCCUCGGCAUGCCUACCUUUCCCACAGCCAAUCAGGACAGAGGUUCUACCACCACACCAAGUAAACUGGCAACAACCACCACCAGCAAUUAGGGAUUGGCAUUAUUCUCCACACAGAUGUAGGCUUCAACUUUAACUGCUGAAAUAGUACAUCAAUGUAGCAUUUCUUCUGCCAAAAUGUUGCAUUAUAUCCCAUAAUGUGUAUAUUGACUACUUUCAGUAUGCAUUAGCAUGUUUUUAAAAUUUUAUAUAACAAAAUCUGAAUUUCAAUAGAUAAGCUUUGUUUCAUAAAGGGUGUCUCAAUCAUGACAUACUAUGAUAGAGAAUUGGUAGAUUCAGAAUUAUAAUAUUUGCAUUCCAAACAAUGGUGCUGUUUUCAUUGUUGAUGUGUUAGCAAAUGAACCCAAGCUUCAGUACUCUGUGCUAUUCACUUUUUACUGAUAAUGAAGGCCUCUUAAAAUACUCUUAAUAUUUGUGUUCUUAAUCUUAUUUAAAACAUUUUAAAUGAUUAAAUGUAAACCCUUCUCAGGGCACAUGGAGGAAAUGAUCAUUUGCAAGGAAGAACUCUUCAAUUCACUUAAACAUGCUGCAUUUGUGGAAGCCAUAUUUUCCUAAACUUUUUAAAUGAAAAUCUACUAAUUUUAUUAAAUUGCACUUGAAAAGUAAACAUGCAAUGGCUUUUAUUUAAUGCAGAGGCGUAUGGUGAUGUGUAAGAAGAGAACAUGUGACAAGAUAUGUGGGAGGGAAGUGAAGGUGUUAUUCUUUGUAAAAACGAAAGAAAGAACUUUGAGAUGAUGGCUUGGAAUAGAAACAUUUAUUCAUACAGCGAUGAAUCUAAGGAGAGGUCAUUCACAAGAAAUAAAGCAUAAAAAAAAGUGUUAAAGGAUCACAUGCAGAAGAGUCUUGAAUAUAUGCCAGUCUGUGGGAGAGAAGAAGGGCGGAAGUUGAUUAUGCAUUUUUUAGUGGUUAGGAAGAGAGGGAGAGCGCGAAAAAUGACGAAAAAAUGGCCUGCUCUCCAGUGACUCGUCAUGUUUCAGAUUUCAACUUAAGAGAAAAUAAGUAGGUCGAGAUAGAUAUCAAAAUAUAGCCUACUGUUUUUGGAUUCGACCUGUUCCCUUCUGGAUUUUACUCUUCACAUUGCUAUGGGACUGAUGAAACUGAAACCAGUGUGUUAUUUGAAUGAAUCACUGAGUCUGUUUUCUUGUAGUUGAAAGCACUGGGAUGACUUGACUUUUUAUGUGGGUGAUGUAUCUUUGUGAAUUUUGUACAGUUGCUUUUGGAGUGAGUGUUUAUAUUUAUAUUAGUUUUCCUUUUUUUCUCUCUCGUGUAUAUAGCUUUUUCCUUUUCCAUUUCACGUCAACUACUCAAUUUUUUUUUCUUCCUAUAUUUGUCAUUCAAUCAUGGUGGCUAUCGGCUAAUAUCCUUCAAGUUUAUACAUUUUCCUCACAGAUAACGGGGUCUUCGUGAGGGUGUUCCUUUACUUUUUUUAAAAACGGUUGAUUUCUACUUCCGAAACGGUUCAAGCAAUACAAUUGGUUACCAAUGAUGCUCUUUUCCUGAUGUUUUGACCUUCUAUUUGACUAUACCCAGACCAAACCUCCAUUUCCGGGCUUUUAGUCAGUUAGAAUUAUAGGAGCAAUUUUACGUCUUUUGUUCACUAUUGUUUAUCAUGGAUCUCUAUGCAACCUCUCAAUCUUUCCAUCUCCCCAGAGUUUCAAACCCACUCACGGAGACCUCUUUCUCUACUACUUUUCCAGGCAUCACCGAUGACAGGUGGGUGAUUCAAUUGCAGGAGUAGGUUUGUCAUUGAUAUAUUCGAUAAACACGCUACGCAGUCGAGCAAUUUUAAUUGUGUUAAUUUAUACAUAUUUCAAUUAAACGUAUGGUUUCGAAGGUUUUUGAUGUAAUUAGUCCCAUUUUCUAUCUGAGAAAUAUAUUUUACACUGAUACAUUAGUGUUUAGGCUUUUAAAGUAUUUUAUGAAUUAUUUGAAUUUACUUUAAGGUAAAGGUCGACUGACCGAAAGCUCAGCUACUAUUAAAAUUAAUUUGCAUCUGUCUUGAAGUGUGUGGAUAGUUUUUCCUGUUUCUCCAGUUUAGCGAUUUGCCUCCAGCGCCUUCACUAAUCUGACUUAAGUGUGUGGUAGAUUCUGCCUAUUAUCUACAAUAAUUAUUUGAAUUAAUUAUGUAUGUAUUAUUUACUUGCAUUUAUUGGUUUUGUACGUUAUGUAUUGUUUGUCAGUCUUGUUCACCAUGUCCGGAAUGUGCCUGUGACAGAGAGCCAUUGUAUGUGCCCAUGUGGUAGAGAAGCAGAAAGGGAUGUGCAGAGAAUCUCUGUUUUCCCUGUAAAGUAUUUGUCUACAUAUUUAUCUGAUUUAUAUCAAAAGUUUGUUUGAAAAGUUGGAUUUUAUAACUAUGUAGCCUGUAUUGACUUUGAGAUGGUCAAGAAAAUGAUGAAAUAUCCACUUAAACGUCUAUCUACUUUUUCAGUAAAUGUAAUGAAAUGGAGGCUCUGAAAUCGUCACACCACUCUUUCUGGUGUUUUUAAGUUUGCAAUCCAGCAUGUAUACUCACCUGUGUUUUGAAAGUGAAGCUAAAAUGGCUCUUUACUCCAGCAUAUUGAAAUCAAAAUGUUUCAUAGGAGGCAACCGUACAGAAUGUCACCUUUUUAUUUGAGGGUAUUUUCAAACAUAUCUGAUUUACCGUUUUAGAAAUGAAGGCACUCGGAUGGGACUAUAUACAUAAAGUGCUAAAACAGAUAUUUAUGAAAAUCCAACAUGCUGGAGUAUAGAGCCAAAUGUUAAAAAAUGUAGCUUCACUGUCCAAGUUCAUAUGAAGGUGAGUGUAUAUCGUGAAGUGGACAUGUAAAUGGUUUGUAUUCUGUUAAUUUGAAUCUAUAAAAGCAUCUUCUC